AUGUCUUCUUUCGCGGCGCGCCCUAAGAGGGCAGCCGAAGACUUUGCCCGCACGCACCAUCACGACGAUGACCCUGAUGCACCCUCUUCGCAAAAGAAGCCCCGGUUUGAUCUACGCAAUCCGUCAGCGCUGGCCCCCGAUGCGCUGGAAGAAGAUGCUGUCCUGGAUGCAGAUGAGAUUGGCCGUCGUGGGCAACAGGUGCGACGAAAAGCCGUCAACCUAGAUGGCUACGACUCGGACAGCGAGAACGAAGGGUUUUCCGCACGGAUCGAAGAAAAAGCGAAAAGAAGCCGGCAAAAGCAUGAUGCAGAAGACGAUGAUAUCUUUGCCGAACUCCAGGAAGAUUUUGGCCCCGAAGAGAUCGAUGGGGAUGAAGCAUUGCGCAAGAAUAAGAAAACCGUUCGUUUUUUGCGAGACGAUGAAAUCCAAGGCCAGGUUGCCUCGUCCCGAGGAGGAAACAGUCUCCGGGUAGAUUUGAGCAAAGGAGGAGAUGAGAUUAUGGUGGAAGAAGAGGAAAGCGACAGCGAUGUACCGGAGGAGGAGCGCGCUAGGGUGACAUCCGGCAUUGACGAGGAGCUUGGUGCUGGCUCUAAGAAGAAACAUGCGCCAUUACUUGAUGCGUUUAAUAUGCGCGCCGAGCAGGAAGAAGGUCGAUUUGACGACCAAGGAAAUUACGUGCGUAAAGCGGCCGACCCAGACGCCAUGUACGACUCCUGGUUGGAAGGGGUUUCGAAAAAGGAAAUCCGACGCGCAAAGGAAGCAGCUGAAAAGAGGGAAGCAGAAAGGAAAGAAAAAGAUCGACAGGCGGACGAAGUCUUGAAUGCAGACCUACUGGGAACCCUUAUUAGCCAUCUGCAUCGAGGAGAGACAGUGCUAGAAGCACUGGCUAGGCUUGGAAAAGGGCUACAUAAGAAGCCCAAGUGGCAGACAAAGCAGCGCAACAAGAACAAGUCCAAGCUCAACGGAGAUGGGGCUGAAGACACAGAGAUGACAGAAGAUAACCCCGAGGAGAAUGCCAGGAAAAAGGCGAUUGACACCGUGACCGGUGCUGCCGAUCUUCUUAUGACCAGAGGACAGGCAGAGAUCUACGAUACCGAGCGGGAGUUGCUGACUAGACAGUAUCGGCGUGAGACAGGAGAAGACUGGGUGGAACCAGCAGGUGAAGCCGAUGCUGCCGGGCAUGAGAGCACUGCGAACACUGAUCGUGUAAUGGCAACCCCAACGUGGGAGUACCGGUGGUCGGAUGCUCGUGAUGGAGGCAAUAUCCAUGGACCCUACGAAGGCUCCAUGAUGCAAUCCUGGAACCAGGCCGGGUAUUUUGGCGAAGGCGUCGAAUUCCGCAGGGCUGGCACUGCAGACGACUGGACCGCGAUCCCAGCCAGCUUUGUGUAA